GUUUCUGUCACGUGUUUACCUCACCGCUGCCUGCGCUCUUUAGGGUUUUUGUCCUCACUGAGUCUCCGUAUACUACGCGCGUCUGAUUGGUCAAUUCACCGUCCGUGCUAAAAACGAUCGUUUGGAAGACGUCCAUCGGAUCACAGGCAAGAUGAGUUUGAGAAAGCAGACCCCGAGUGACUUUCUGAAGCAGAUAAUUGGGAGACCUGUGGUGGUCAAACUGAACUCUGGUGUCGAUUACAGAGGUGUCCUGGCCUGCCUUGAUGGUUAUAUGAACAUUGCCAUAGAGCAGACUGAGGAGUAUGUCAACGGGCAGCUCAAGAACAAGUAUGGAGAUGCUUUUCUAAGGGGAAACAAUGUCCUUUACAUCAGCACCCAGAAGAGGAAAGUGUAGUGAAGACCAUUCUGUUUUUCUUGUCCCAGUGCACAACUGUCCCAUGUUUUUGCUUCCAUAAACCCUGAAGUCCUGUUUUUGUUUUUGUAAAAGUGGAAUAUGUUAAUAAAUCCUUAAUUUUGAUUUAUGUCUUAAUUUUCCUUUGUAACAAUGUAACAGUAUCAUCUCAACAGGCCUCAUUUUGAAAAAGUUUGUCGCUCAUAUUAUAAUAUCUUGUGAUUUAAUUCUUGUGCCAGUGGGAUUGUUGCAGUGGAAUAAAGAUGGGUGUUUUUUGGCUAAA